AUGACUAAAGAUGCUGUCAUCUCAUUCACAAAUCCUCUCCGCCGCCUUCCAGGACUUCAAGGAGCCACUGAAAAGCUUCUUCAUAAUACGACGAUCUCUAUUCUGAUUUUCCUAUUCUUCCUUCUAGCUUCGAAGCCCUUGUUUGGGACUCCUAUAUCAUGCCAACUUCCGAAAGAAUGGCCUGAAUCCUCGAUUCAAUAUUUCGCAGACUUUUGUUAUUAUGCCAAGCGAGACAAAGUUAGUUUCGCUACGAGAAGUAUCGGAUCUCAAGGAACGAUUAGUCACAACAAAUUGACUGGAACUUCAGACUUUUAUAUGUGGGUGCCUCUCGUCCCUAUACUCCAUGGCAUACUCACCCUUCUUCCAGUUUUCUUCUGGAAAUUCGUUGGACUGGAUAGUUUUAAUGGAUCGGAUAUCAUUGCAUUUAUAGAAUACUACUCUUCUAAAAAUAACGAAAAAUCGAAAGAAGAAGGGCGGUUGGUUUAUCCAGAAGAGUGGCGUUUUAUGAAACAAGCGGCUCAAUUUCAAGAAUGGAUCAAACUACGAAAAGGUGCUUGGUACGGGCCGUCACAGACCAUGUGCGUCUAUGUAGGGAUGAAAUGGUUUAGAUUUGUUAUUUUUCUUCUGCAAUUUUGGAUGAUCGCAAGUUUCUUCGGCGGUGGCAAGUUAUCCUGGGGAUUCGAUAGUAUGGGUAUCGAUCCGGCGAUCGACUUUAGGAAAGGAAGCAGUAAUGUGAACAGUGUGCUCGCGAGAUGCGUGUUAUCUGCUAAUUAUGUGAAUGCGAAAGCCUUUCUAUUUCUAUACUGGUGGUUUUUAUUCGUUUCGUUGAUAUCAGUGAUCUCAGCAGUGUACUAUACCACCAUUCUUCUGAUACCAAGGUAUCGGAAGUACACAAUCCAGACAAUGAUAAGACAUGAAGACUAUUUCAUCGAAACGUAUGGAGGGCCGCAUCCUGAUCUGAAUCUCAACGGAACAGCUCCGCUUGAUUAUCUGAUUCAUAACCUUGGCAACGAUGGUUUCUUGGUCUUCCAAAUGAUCUACGAUGUUAGCCAUUUCGGAUGCUAUCGUUUUGCGGAGCACAUCUGGAUGUAUUCCAUCGUGAAUAAUGGGGAAAUUCCGGUCCCGCAGUUGCAAAAUGAUGAAAAAGUUCGUGAGAAAGAGAAGAAGGACUCUCCGGUCCGCGAUACAGAAAUGGAUGGAGCAGGAGAUCGUUACCGCGGUGGAAAAGAUCACCCAAAAAAUAAAAAGUCAUCGUCAUCGCCGAAUCUCUCAGUUGUUUCGGAAGAAGAUGAUUCCAAUUCAACCAAAAUCUCGUUGAGCGGAGAAUCGCAACCAUCUCUAUUGAUCACAGAAUCCGAUGAAGAACCGCUUCUUGACCCGUCCCUUUUAAAUGUCUUGACCACUUAG